AAGCAAGCAAGUCUCGAGAGAUAGAAAGAGAGAAAUGGAGAGAAAUAGAGAAGCUCGAAGAGUGCCCAUGGCGGCCGCCGGAAAUGGCUUCUCUACUCGACGGAGACAUAGAGCCGGCAGUUUCAGAGACUCUCCAGAGGUGGAUAUUCCGGUGGAGUAUACGGAGACGGCGAGGUUAAGAGAUCGGGGAACGAGUUCGAAGAAGGAUCGAGAUCGAGAAAGGGAUAAGGGGAGAGAUCGGUUAAAUAGCCGGAGUAAAAGGAGAAGACGAGAACGAGGUAAUAUAGACGACGGCGGCGGAGAAGACGACGACGAUACCUCCGAGGAGAGUGUUAACGAUGAUGAAGAAUACGACGACGGAGGUGAAGCGAUGAAGAUGUUACCACCGGCUAUGACGAAUCAUCAGAGGAAGAGUUUUCCUCAGAGUAAAGGUUUCAGAUCGUCUCCUUCUCCAACGCCAUCGUCUCCUAUUGUAUCUUCAUGGAAAGCCGCCGACGAAAUGAUCGGUGUGUCGAUUCCUAGAAAAGCCCGGUCAGCAUGUACUAAGAGACCGCAUGAGUCUUGGACUAGCGGCGGAGGAGUUUUCAGUUCCGGUGAGAAAAUUCACCGGCAAAUAUCAAGUCCGGCUUCUAUGUUAGCUUCUCCAUCACCACCAGCUUCUCUGUCUCCAUCUUCCUCCAACGUUCGGAAGAAGAUGACUCCUGGACCAAAACCAAAGCCGCUUCCGCCAAAAUCUCCGGUGGCGGUGCAAGACGAAAUCGAGAUCGAGAUCGCGGAGGUUUUGUACGGAAUGAUGAGACAACCUCAAGGACCACCUUCUAAACAAGAAGCCGCCGGGAAUGAUUCCGGUGAGAUGAGUAAACCAGCUGUAGAAGAGAAGUCGAGGUUAUCUCCGCCGGUGUUCAACUCGCAGAUUGCUACUCCAUCAGCAGCAAAUGCAAAUUCGGCGAUCGCUCCUAAGAGGAAGAGGCCGCGAGUAGUUAGAUACGAAGACGAUACAGUUGUUUCCACAACCGUAAAGGCCGCGGAAGACGAAGUCUCUUUAAGAUUUACCGGAGAGAACCUCUCCUCAACGAAUCUACAACCGUCGACGUCAUUAGAUUUGAGCUCCGCGGCGGAGUAUAAAGAAAAUGGUAUCUCCAAAGAGGGAAAAGUAUCACCGGAAAUGGAAUCUUCGUCUGGGAUAAGAUCUGAUGUGACUAAAGCGAGUUUGCCUACACCGGAAAUGGAGAAGAUUGAGAUAAAUCUGAUGACGCCAUCGGAAAAGAGAUCGUCACCGGCGAGAGAUGGUGAUAUUGAAUGUGUGGUGGUGACAGAACCUAAAGUCACGAUUGUAGAAUCGGAAACAAAGCCUCUCUUAGAAGAUGUGAGCAAAGAUCUGAGUUUGAAGUCUGAAGAAGGUAGAAAUCAAAGAUCUGAAGCAGAAGAUGAACUUCAAAAAUCAGAGAGAAACUGUCAACUUAAACUCGAUCUUGAGAAACCUGACCCAGAUAACAAGCAAUCUGGUUCUGAUAGACCAGCUGAAGCUAUUAAUUUGUCUCUGCAUAUGUCAAUACCAAGCUGGUCUGGAGGGAUUCCUACAAUGGGAUACCUGGGGGGACCUACACAUGGUAUUAUGCCGACUGAUACCAACUCUUUAUUACCAUCCACAACCAUGCAGCCUCCGCAUUUGUUAUUUAACCAACCAAGGCCAAAGAGAUGUGCAACUCACUGUUAUAUCGCCAGGAAUAUCCAUUAUCACCAGCAAUUCACGAAGAUUAAUCCCUUCUGGCCUGCAACAGCAGGAUCACUACCGUUGUACGGGUCAAAUGCCUGCAAUCUUAGUCUUAUGCCUUCUGCAGAGCUACAAGGGAGCGUUCUGAGCAGAAAUCCAAACACUGUACCCGAGAAGAGCUCUCUUUCUGCAUCUAACAGCUCAGAUACAGCUCAACGGAAGCAAAUAUUACUCCAGCAAGCUCUGCCUGCAGGAGCCAGUAACAACAUCAUGCAUGGCCCGGCAUUUAUUUUCCCAUUGGGCCAACAGCCUCAUGCAGCCGCUGCGAUAGCUGCCGCUUCUGUCAGGCCUCCUAACACCAGCAACGCAGUUGUUUCAUCUGGUGCAAUGGCUGCUUCAGCAUCCGUGAAUGGUCCUCCGUUAGGAGCACCAGCAGCUGCUACAGCAAUGAGCUUCAGCUACCCAAAUAUGCCCACCAAUGAAACUCAGUACGUGGCUAUCUUGCAGAAUAAUGGGUAUCCAUUUCCAGUCCCGACACAUGUUGGCCCACCACCUGCUUAUAGAGGAGUUACUGGGCAGCCUAUGCCAUUCUUUAAUGGUUCAUUCUAUCCUUCUCAAGUUGUCCACAGUCCACAUCUUCCGCCACAACAGCAACCUGGUCAAGGGCAACAGACCCAUGCUCCCAGCAACCAGAACACAAAUGCUUCCACUGGUUCCUCGGCUGCACAAAAGCUUCUCCAGAACCAACAACGAAGGCCACCAGUAAAUUCACAAGGAUUUCCUACUCAGAAAGUUCAGCACAGGCAGCAUCCCAGAGAAAACGCAACUCAACAUAGUGAAACUGCAAGAGAAGCCAGCCCAUCCACUACUGACAGCCGAGCCUCUCGUUCCAAUGUUUCAUAUGGCCAAAAGUUUGCUUCGCCAAUGCAGCCAACUAAAAUGGGUUUGAUGGGUUCUGCAGCCUCAGGUGGUGGAGUGCUUGGUUCCUCUAACAAUCAUAGUGAAAGGAAACCAGAACAGCAGGGAUCAAAGGUGGGUGCGGAAUCUAUUCAGUCGCAGCCUUACGCAAUGACCUUUGCGGCGUUCAACGGAGGUCUGAACAUGCCAUCUACGGCUCAAAAUCAUGCUAUACUCCAUGGCGUUCCAGAAGCAGCAAGGCAAGGGUAUCAUCAGAUGAUGGCAGCUGCUGCGGCUUCUCAAUCAGCUAACCAUAAAAUGAAUUGUGGUCCGGAAGAUGGAAAAUCAGGGUCUAAUGCUUCUGCUAAUGCCACAGAAGUACGGAAGACAACAGGGUCAAAUGGGAAAACAGCAACUACAGGUGUUGAGCAGUCUAUUGCUUUCUCUGGCAAACAAGAUUCAGCUGAUGCAUCUGCUUAUGCGGUAACAGGUGGGGCUAUCAUUGAUAGCUCAGCUCGGGUGCUCAACCUUGGCUCUGCUCAGCCCUGGAGUUCCAGUUCUGCACCGACUUCUCACCAGCAGCAACAUAUGCAGCGGAAUCAACCUCAGCAGCAGCAGUAUAGCAAUUAUCUCCAGAUGCAACAACAGUAUGCAGUUGCUGCUGCUAGAGGCAAAGGGCCAGUGAUGAGUAACGGGAGUGGUUUCGUGGAUCAUAAUAUUGCCACCACGCCUUCAGUGGUGUCCAAUAACCCUAUUGCUACUUCAGGAUUUCCUCAGAAUCUUGUCCAGUCCGGCAGUGGCAGUCCGGCCCAGUCUCCUCAGUGGAAGAACAAUUCACCCAGAGCUCAGUCUCCUUCCAUAUUGUCACCAUCUGUGUCAUCGUCACUUAAAAACGUACAGCAGAAACAGCAAGGUCGACCCCACCAGUCACAUAUAUCUUUUGCAGCAAACUCUAAAACUCUGCCUUCUAAUUCUCCGAUGCAGCAAGGAGCGGGUAGUAACCGGGCUUCAUCACCCACUGCGUCUUCUGUCUCCAAAAAUGCCGGAGCAGUCCCAACCUCAAUCGCAAACAGAGCUGGACAUGGUCAAGCUUCCUCCUCUUCUCUGCCUUCAUCUCAACCAUCCAAGAACUCACAGUCGGCAUCAUUUACAGGUGGAAGGAACAAUGGGCCGUCUAUUCUCGGAAAUCCUCACGUUACUACCACCACCUCAAAUCCUACUUAUAAGUCUCAACAACAACAACAACAACAACAACACUUGCAACAAGCUCAGCUUUACUUCUCAAGCCCAUAUAUGCAAGCUCAACAUCAUCAGCAGCAGCAACAACAGAUGAAUAUGUCUUCUCUUAGUGGCUAUUACAUCCAAAGACAGCAACAACAACAACAACAAGCAGGAUCAUCAGCUGCUGCCCCAUCUGUUACCCUAUCUAGCUGCACCACUGUCACUUCAGAUCCGGCAAAAGCUAUUAAUAUGAAAGGUGGAGGGAGCAACAACAUCAACUUGCAGCAUACACAGACGGCAGAGAAGACGCAUCAUCAUCAUCCGCAGCAAGUCCCUCCAGGAUUUCCAUACGCCCACGCGGGUCAAGUGAAACCUGGAGAUCAGAAGCAACAAGCGGGUGAGUGAAACUUAAAACCCAUUCGAUGCUGAUUUGGGAGUUUUCCUCACGCUUGUUGAUUCCUCUAAAUCCCGUGGCGCUGAGGAACGGUAGACUUUGGACAGUGUGAGGUCCUAAGAAACUAGUUAAGUGUUAAUGACGGAUCAGAAGAGAAAACACUCCCAAACUCACUAACCAGUGAGAGAGGAGAGAGACCUUUACAGGGAUGGUCUUGGUGUUUUAAGAACUGUAUUCCAACUAAGUUAGUGUUAUUUUCUGACAACAAUCCUCGAGCAAGUAGAGAGAAUAGAUCAUUCAAGGUUAGCUUUAAGAAUUUUAUUCAUUUCUUAUUGGGAGUAGGGUUGUUUUUGAUUGAAUUAAAAGAAAGGGUAGCCCAAAGGAAAAAGGCAGAACUGUUGCUGUUUGGUAAUGGUAGCUUAGACUUUUUUUCUAUUGAGUAGAAAAGGAAAGGAACCAUUUUUGUGUCAAGAUGAUGGAGAAGUAAAUGCAUGUGUAAUCUGUAUGUACAUGUGGUUUGGCUAAAAGUAAAUAUAUAGAAUGUGUUUAGUUUAUUAUUGGCUAGUUUUGUUUUGUGCU